ACAAGCCAAACAAACAUGGGUCGUAUUCAACUACUUUGCAUGACAGCUCUGUCAAUGGUUGGCGUCCUGGCGCGUUGCAACUCACUUCAGCCCAGCAACAUUACUCCGCCCAUUCGCAUUGUGGGCGGAGGGGAUGUGCCGAGUGGGGAGUACGUGCCGUACCAGGUAUCGCUGCAGUACCUUACCAGCGAGGGAUACAGACACUAUUGUGGCGGCUCCAUCAUUGCGCCCGAUCGCAUACUCACAGCCGCUCACUGUUGCGCCGAUUUCAAUGUGACCCGCAUGUCCAUUGUGGCCGGCAUACGCAACCUGGAUGAUCAGCGCGGUUCUCGAUCCCAAGUGUUGUCCUAUGCCAUACAUCCCGACUACCAGGAGCUGGUGACCAGUGACAUUGCCGUGCUAAAUAUUGAUCCACCAUUGGUCUUCAACGAUGUCAGCGUGGCGGCCAUUGAUUAUGCGGAUGAGGAGUUCGUGGGCGGUGGUGUUUCAGUUACCCUAACCGGUUGGGGUCUGCGAUUGCCUGUGCCUCUUCCGAUUCUGGAUAGUGUCAACUAUCCGAAUACGCUUCAGCGCAUGACUUAUAAUACUAUUACGAAUCAGGAGUGUCGGAAUCGGGGAAUGGAAGAUGUCACCGAAACGGAGAUUUGUGCCAGGGGUGUCUUUCGGGGCGCUUGUUCGGGUGACUCUGGUGGUCCUCUUGUUAGGAAUAACAAUGGUUUGAAACAGGUUGGAGUGGUGUCUUAUGGCCUGGUGGUAUGCGGUGUUUUUAUCGUACCCGAUGUCUAUACAAGAGUGUCGACAUUUAGGCAAUGGAUACAGCAGCAUGUGGAGACGACCGCGUAAGGCAGCUGUCGAGUACUUUUACAAGAGGCAACCAAAACAGUUCAGCUGCUUUGAGAGAUUUGAAAUAUAUAUGACCUAAAGAUUUGUAAAAUAUGAUCAUUUAUAAAAAUUAGUUCGCUAUUUUGUUGAUGUUUAAUGAAAGCUAAGAUAUUAGAUUAUGUGAAUAAAAUAUUUAUCAGUUUCUGCGAA